UCAGGUACGUAAGGGAAUCCAGGAUUGGAAAAGCCAACUUCUUCCAUAUCUUUUUUGGAUCAUCUUUCUCUGCCUGUAUCCCAGCAGGGCAUAGACACAGAAGUCAUCCCAUUGUGAGGUUUUAAUGCCAAGCAUAUUUCCCUUCUUACUGUAAAGAUGAGCAAUGAGAAAGUAAUUUAUUCUUCCCUGAGAUUUCUUCAGUCUCCAGAGUCACAAAAUAGAUUAAGGGCAGAUACGACUCAAAGCCCUGGGAAAAAGGAUGGCAAAGGGUUUCCAGUGCCAAGACAUCUCAUUGUAGUGAUUCUUGGGAUCCUGUGUUUACUACUACUGAUCAUUGUUGCCGUGUUGGGGACAAAGAUUUUUCAGUUUAUUCAAGAAAACCAUCACCUGGGGGAAAUGAUAGGAAACCUGACUCAAGAGUACCACAUUUUGCAAAAUGACAGCUACUUAAAGGACCAACUUUUGACAAAUAAGAGUUUAGAAUAUAACAUUCUCAAAAAUGAAAUGCUUCAGCAGAAAAAGGAACAGGAUUUACUCUUUACAAAUAGGACGUUUCAGAGCAAAAAUAAAGGCAAACUCCAUGAAAACCACCAGUCCUGUCAUAGAAUAAAGUAUUAUUAUUUCACUUCUAAAAGUGAAAAAUGGAUUGGAUGUAAAAAGACAUGCCAAAGUUGUAAUUCAUCUCUUUUGAAGAUAAGUGAUGAAGAUGAACUGACCUUCAUUCAAGCACAAACUUAUAAGAAAAACUACUGGAUUGGAUUAUUAUAUGAUAUAAAGGAAGAAAAAUGGAAAUGGGUUGACACUGACCUACCUUUUGGGAUUAAUUUUACCUUCAUGGGUUUUUCUGGAAGAGGACAAUGUGCAUUUUUGAGCUCAACAAGAGUAACAAAUAUUGAUUGCUCUAAUUCAUACUAUUGUAUCUGUGAGAAGAGAAUUGAUAAUGUUUUGUCUACCUCCUUCCAAAGAUACAAGAAGAAAAGGUGAAAUGGAAUUUUGUCAUUUUUUUGUUCAUUUGUUUCUGUGAUAAUUUGUGAUUAUUUAUGAAGUAAUGUUUCUGAUAGUAGGAAUUAGU